AUGGCGGAUCCCUGGUCGCUGAAAGAAGAACCUCUUUCGCCGCAUCAGGCUGCUUCCCACCUGCAUCUAGACUUCACGAAGGGGAACCACAAUGGAAAUCUACAAAGUGCUCUCCCUCGCCCAGCGUACAAAUUCUCCACCGCGGCGCAGACGAAGGCACUACAACUACUAGCAGCAUUUGCUGCAAUAUCAGUUGUCGCAUUCUUUGCCUAUAUUUGCAGCACGUAUAUUAGAAGAAGAAUAUCCCCUCACUCAAUCGGGCGCAAACUGGCUGCCGGCGAGGACGGCGAAAAAAAUGACAAGCCAGAAUCGUGCAACCCAGGCACGGACGAAGCUGCAGGUACACCUGAAGAUCCUUACUCAACAGUGAAUCCAGGUUCACAUGCGUCUUCUCCCGCCGAGCCCGAGCAAACCGAGUUGGCUACGCCCCCGUCGGCGCCAAUAACCGAUCCGGCUUCCACCGCACAGAUUCCGGCUCCAGCGAUACCACAGCUAGGCACAGGUGGAGAACAGAGGGGUGUUAAGAGAAAGGCAAGGGAUGAUGCCAGUGGGGAUAGAGAGGCGAAGGCGCCCAUGCUGGGUGCGUUGGAACAUAUGACUGUGGCGGAACUGUUAUCAGAGUCCCAGCGUGCAGUUGCCGGUUUCCCUACUAGUCUUGCUGCGCUCGAAAGCGAAGAAACGCCCCUUGGGGCUGGCGGUCCUUCACCGGAUGAUUGGCUAUCGGGUUUCGGCGAAGGUAUCGAGGAGGAGCAGGCAUGGGGUUGGCAGCCUUCUGCUGUACCAAGUACAAGCGAAGAUGUUAGUAGUGCACAAUUGGAGACGACGGGAAGAGGCCAGGAUCCGUUUCGCAGUGCCACACCAGAACAGCCGAUUGAUUUAACAACGAGUUCAAGUCCCGGAACAUCGCGGAGCGCUGUUGAUAGACAGCCAGUUCAGCAUCCAACGGAGGCAUGGCUUCAAGCACGUGCAGCUGGGCCUUCCAGGGCUCCUACGCAGACAACGACAUCACCCCCACCACAGCGGUCUGCUCUUCGAACCUUGUUAUCAUCCCCGCCGAUAACCCCGAGUACCCCCCCCGAGCCUUCAGCGCUCUCGCUUGCAGGCUUGCUGCAGAGACGCGGGCUAGCUGAACGGGCGGAAGCCGCAGUUGAAGAACUCAUGUCUUCAUUUAAAUGGCUCAGGGAUAUGUUGAAGGGGGUUUCUGAUGAAAUGCUUCAAACCCAUCCAUUUUACCAGUGCAGAGAACUAUUUAAGAAGCCGUUUCUAACCGAAGCGGAGUCUAGCCUGCUUAUGGAGAACACGGAACGCCUGUGCGGAUAUGCAGCAAACCGCAUGCCGGUCAGUAGCGAGCCAAAAAAUGCCAUUGACAAUCUUGGAAGGGCGUUUAUUGUUCUCGAUAGUCUAUACUGUUCAGCAGAAGUGCUUGGAAAGAGCGCCAGGAAGGAGGUGUGGUGGCCAUGGAUAGCCCUCUAUACUGUUCAGCAGAAGUGCUUGGAAAGAGCGCCAGGAAGGAGGUUAGGGGAAAGAGCUCCCCUGCGUCUUGUGGUCUGCUUAAAAUUGGCGCUUGUGAUAUUAUCCAAGUCGACGGAGUUCAAAAGCAUCAAGUGGGAGCCUUGGAGACUAGAUGCCGAAGAAUGGCUUUUCACCAAAGCGGAUGGCGGAGGGGAUAGUGAUGAAUCAGAUGAAGAGUGA